AUGGAAGUUCCAUUGUUGGAGAGAAAAACAUCAAACGAUGGGAGAUUGUUGAAUUCAUGGCUAAAGGAAGUCCGCGACAGUUUAGGGCGUGAAUCCAUAUUCCAGGGGAAGGAGGUGAUUUAUCCAGUUCCGUUGUGUUUGAAGAAGGACGAGACAAAGUUAUUCUACCAUCCUAAAGAGUUCUGCUUCGGUCCUCAACAUUUCAGAGCGAAAGCUCUUGGAUAUAAAUACGGAGAGGAAAUCAAGGCAGAAGUUGUGCGCAAAUUUAAUGGGCUCUUGACCAAAGGCUUAUUCUCGGUGGUGGCGAAGUUUAAGGAGCAAACGAUGCAGGAAAGGAUUGUGAAAAGUUAUGCAAUACUAGACAGAAGCUUGAUUAACAACAAUGAGGUCAUUUCAUGGCUGCUGGUACGAGAUGCUUGCUUCGUCAUAGAAGUUCUCUACAGAGAAAAUCACCACCCUUUGUUGAAUGACAUAGUAAAAGAUAUGUUCAAGUUGGAGAAUCAGUUACCACUCUGGGUUUUAGAAGAAAUCAUGGUGUCACUGGGGUGGCCAAUAGAAGGUAACUGGUUUGAGCCUGUACUGAAAAAUUUAUCUCCAGUUGAAGUAAAGCAGAGAUCUCGAAGCCCGACAUACAGUAAAAAGAUUCAUAUCUUGCAGUUGCUUGGGGAAUAUAUGGUCGACAACAGAGCAGGUCAAUCAAUUUCUACAUCAAGCCAAUAUGAUGAAACCGAACACAAUCGGGAGGAUGAGGAAUCAGGUUCUCAUGAUUCUAAAGCAAUCCAAGAAGAUGGAAACCAUCACAAUCAAGAGGAUGUGCAAUCAGACCCAUAUGAUAAUCUCAUAAUCAAUGGGCUACUGAUUAUGUUCUAUGUAUUUUUGUUUCUUAUUUUGCUUCCAGUUAUCAUCCUAUGGCUUCUAUGGUUAGUCAUCUGCUUUAUGUGGGGUAAAGCAGAGAAGAAUGAGCGUCACGUUCCAACUGUAGGGGAGCUGGACAAAAUAGGAGUGAAUUUGAAGGCAUUGAAGAGCAAAGGAAUCAGCCGCAUAGAGUUCAAAAGCAAAAGUUCGACGCUUUACCUGCCUAAGUUCACAGUAGACGACAGGUCGGAGGUGAUAGUCAGAAACCUUUUGGUGAUGGAGACACACUGGGAAGAUACAGAGAAAGUAAUAACGAGGUACGUUGUGUUCAUGAACGACCUUAUUAGCACCAGCUUAGACGUGGCUCGGUUGAGAACGGAAGGCAUCAUCGUCAACAAACUAGGUAGCGACGAUGACGUGGCUCGGAUGUGGAAUUCCGUUACCAUUCCGGCCACCGGCAUACCUAAGUAUGACCAGAUUGACACAGCUUGCACAAAAAUAAAUGCCUACCGUAGGAAAUGGUGGAGGGUUCUGUGGUCUCAAUUUUGA